AUGUCAGAAUACGACAAGUACACUACACCUCUAUCAUCUCGUUAUGCUUCUGAAGAAAUGUCUUCCAUUUUCUCCUUGAGAAACAGAUUUUCUACUUGGAGAAAGCUUUGGUUAAACUUGGCUAUUGCUGAAAAGGAAUUAGGUCUUGAUGUUAUUAGUGACGAGGCUAUCGAGCAAAUGAAGGCUCAUUUGACCAUUACCGAUGAAGAAAUUGCAGCUGCUUCCAAACAAGAAGCUAUUGUCAGACAUGAUGUUAUGGCUCAUGUCCAUACUUUCGGUGAAACCUGUCCUGAUGCUGCUGGUAUUAUUCACUUGGGUGCAACUUCCUGUUUCGUUACCGAUAACGCAGAUUUGAUCUUCUUAAGAGAUGCGUAUGAUAUUUUAAUUCCAAAGUUGGUCAAUGUUAUCAACAGAUUGGCUAAAUUUGCUAUGGAAUACAAAGACUUGCCAGUUUUGGGAUGGACUCAUUUCCAACCUGCUCAAUUGACAACAUUAGGUAAGAGAGUUACACUUUGGAUCCAAGAAUUACUAUGGGAUCUAAGAAACUUUGAAAGAGCUAGAAAUGACAUUGGUUUACGUGGUGUUAAAGGUACAACUGGUACUCAAGCCUCUUUCUUGGCCUUGUUCCACGGAAAUCAUGAAAAGGUUGAGGCUUUGGACAAGAGGGUUACCGAAUUGUUAGGUUUCUCUACUGUUUACCCAGUCACUGGUCAAACAUACUCCAGAAAGAUUGACAUUGAUGUUUUGGCACCAUUGUCUUCUUUUGCAGCUACUGCUCAUAAGAUGGCUACUGAUAUCAGAUUACUAGCUAACUUGAAGGAACUAGAAGAACCAUUCGAGAAGUCUCAAAUUGGUUCCUCUGCUAUGGCUUACAAGAGAAACCCAAUGCGUUGUGAGCGUGUUUGUUCAUUGGCAAGACAUUUGGGUUCUUUAUUCAGCGAUGCUGUGCAAACUGCUUCUGUCCAAUGGUUCGAGAGAACCCUAGAUGAUUCUGCCAUCAGAAGAAUCUCUUUACCAAGUGCCUUCUUGACUGCUGAUAUUCUUCUUUCCACUUUGCUAAAUAUCUCUUCCGGCCUUGUUGUGUAUCCAAAGGUCAUCGAAAGAAGAAUCAUGGGUGAAUUGCCAUUCAUGGCAACUGAGAAUAUCAUCAUGGCCAUGGUGGAACACGGUGCAUCAAGACAAGAAGUUCACGAAGCUAUCAGAGUGCUGUCUCAUCAAGCAGCUGCCGUCGUUAAGGAACAAGGUGGUGAUAAUGAUUUAAUUGAACGUGUCAAGAAAGAUAAAUUCUUCGAACCUAUCUGGAAUGAAUUGGACUCUCUACUAGAACCAUCAACUUUCGUUGGCAGAGCUCCUCAACAAGUGGAAAAGUUUGUUGCUAAUGAUGUCCAGACAGCCUUGGCCCCAUUCCAACAAUAUAUCACCGAUGCUGAAGUUAAAUUGAACGUCUGA